UUAUAGGCCUUUUUCACAGAACACAGUAGUUAUGUCACGGUAGGAAAAACCCUAUUAUUAAAUACUAAAAUUAAUUUUGGCUGAAUUCUAUUUAGCUGCUUUGGUUUCAGGGUCCUGGUAUUAUGUAAGCUGGCUCACUUACUACUUGCUGGUACACUUGAAUAGAGCCACUAUUAAUGUUUCUAGUAACUCCUGUUAUUUUGCUACUAUGGCCAGUCACCAAGAACAUCUGUCAUUGAAAUAUAUAAUGUAAAAAAAGAAGUUUUUUAUAUGAUUUUUCGGUAACACUUGAGGAUAUCGACAUAAUCAUGCUAUGACACUGUCAUAACUAUGACAUGACACUGUUAAACCUUAUAAACAAGUCAUAAACGUUUAUGACUUCAGUCGUUAAGUGUCAUUCAGUUUUUGUCGUGACAAGUUGGCAUUGUUUGGGUUUUCUUGAUUAUGACAACUUGACAUUAAUCAAAGUGACAUUACCAGAAGUUGUCUUGGUCAUGACAAGUUGACGUUACAUUUGUUUGGCAUGUCUUUGUAAUAACAACUUGACAUUAACCAGGGAGACAUUACCAGAAGAUGUAUUUGUCAUGAAUAACUUGACAUUACAUUUCUUUGGAGUGUCCUUAUUAAGACAACUUGACAUUAAACAGGAUGACGUUAUUUGCAUAUUUGGGCUCUAUAAUAACAAUAUAAUUCAUAUACCUAAUCAAUUAUAUUAUGACCCUGUGUCUAAUAAGUUAUAAUUAUUUUACAGAGAAGUUUUGGUUCUUAAAAUGUCUUCCUAAAUCAAUUAUUGAACCCUUCCUUUUUAUAGUCAAUUAUUUUCUUGGAAAACCACAUAAUCAACAUUUCCAAUUAAAUACUACCAAAUAUUCAUAAAUGUGCUUUGAUCCUGGUUGAACACAUCUAUUUGCAUGCUGGCAUUUGUAGUAUGAUCAUGUUGAAAAGAAUGGACUAUUCCAACAAUAGUAUCAUCCACUCAAGUUGUUGAAAAGAUUCUAACGGUAACAGUUAUGUUUUAGGUGCCUUUUAUAAGAAAUGCAUUGGCUAGACCUUGCAAUAACAUUACAAAUAAGUAUAUCGACUUGCAAUACCACCGUCACUCGAAUGAGCGGUGUAUUAAAUCUGCAAGCAAAUGUUAGUGUACAGUUUUGUCCUCAACCCUUCACCGCUCUGCUACUACAUACAUACACAUCCACACUUAUAGCAGCUCUGACAAGACUAUAAGAGACCGGCGGGGGUCCACCUUGUAUUUUCCUAUAAACAGUCAGUGUGUAGCAGCAGAUGACAAAGGCUUAGUGUAGUAAUCCUCUUGUCCACCAUCUGGCUGCUCCUCUAAAAUUAAACCUUCAAACCAGGGCACUUGCAACAGAUGCUAACAUCUGUAAAUAUGCAGGUGAUGCAUUAAAGCAUGUACAUUUGGAGCACACAGCUGCCAGGGGGUGUUUCAAUCUCAGAUCAUGUUCAUGUUAAGGACACGUAUGACUCAUAUAUACUUUGUAUCGGUAAAAAAAAAACACUGCAGAUGGGAGGGAUAAAGAGGGCAAUAAUGGAUGAGAUUGGGGAAAGCUUCAGCAUGUGGAGAUCUGGCAUUACUGGGGAUAAACGUUGCUCUCUGGCGGUCAUUUUCAGAUUGAUGACUAAUAUUUGGUUAGGGACCAAGGUUUUUAUUGAAUAAUGUAGCCAUGACAUGGUGUUUGUGAGAGAGAAAGAGAAAGAGAGAACAAGUUAAGUAGACAUUGAAUAAUGGCUAUGGGUAUAGUUAUAGUAGCUUAACCACUUUCACCCACAAUACCUUAAGAACUCUCUCAGGCACUUUGUUGUGCAUUAUAGAACAAUGUGUACAAUAUUUCAAUUCAAAGAGGCUUUAAUAAGUUUCAAUAACAAUGUUGCCAAAGCAUCGUCAUUUCAGUUAAUUUCUUAAAUAGACGAGUUAUCUCAACAACUGUUAGAUGGAUUGCCUUGAAAUUUUGAACAGACAUUCAUGGUGAAAGUUUUCACUUAUCCCGUGAAUUAUCUUGUCUACUAGAUGGAAUGGCACAACAUUUUGUACAUUUGGGAUCCCCAGAGGAUAAAUCCUACAGACUUUAGUGAUCCCUCUCUAGCACUACCAUGAGAUCAAAAUUUGUAAAUUUUGGUGAAAUGUUUCAACAAUCAUUAGAUGAUUUAAAAUCCGCUGAAGUUGCUUAAGAAAGUUAUUCAUCUCCAUCGUACUGUUUCUUCUCAUUAACCGCCACAUAUCAGACCCACAGUUUACACACACUAAACUAUGCGUGAAGUGAACGCGGUAAACAUUAUACCUGCAAAACUUCUGUGUUAGCCUGCUAAAGUUAGCAUUUAGCUCAAAGCCCCACUGUGCCAAAGUACAGCCUCAAAGAGCUGCAAGCAUGACUCUUAGUCUUGUUCUGCUAUGUACUUUUUUCUCAAUAUAUUUAGCAACUGCACAUAAUAUAUGCAAUGCUACUUUAAACUUACUAAAUAUAUUACUUUAAAAAUAAACUACUCAACUACAGUAGGAAAUUGUGCUUUUCAUUCCACUACAUUUAUCUGACUACUGCUACAUUUACUUUGCAGAUUCAGAUUAUCUGUGGAAAAAUCAGAUCAUAAAAUCAGACUCAUUAUUCUAGAUUAAAGCACCUAACAAUAUAAAAGUUGUUAAAAGGAGCCCCACCUUGACUAACUACAACAUUAAAAUGUUGCUUACGUGUUCAUGAAUCAUUAUCGUUAUAAUAUUCCAAUUAUUUAACACUCCAUUUAAAAGCUGCUUAAUGUGUACUUGUACUAUUAAUACAUGAGUACAUGUUGCUGAUUAUACGUCCCAUUUUUUUAAUUACAGUAAGUGUAAUCCUGCAUUCAAAUGUUUUGAAUGCAGGAUGUCUACUUGAAGUAUUUUAAAUUCUGCAUAGUUCUUCCACAUAUGUUUUUUUCUGCCUUAAAUCCUUAAGAUUCUGUAACAUUAAUUAUUGUGUCUGCACUUUCAAAGUGCGUUAUAAACCCUGGGCAUUUCAUGGAUUCUGUGUUUAUUUUAGUUAACAGAGCAGAUUUGUCAUUGGCUGCCAACGAGUAAGAUGCAUGAGUGUGUUAUUGAACGUCAGACACUAUUUUUAUACCUGUGAAAAUAGGAAGUGCACAAGUCUGCACCUCUAAGUGACUAAGUCAAUACAGUUAACACACCAUUCUGAAACAGCAGGCAAACGUGCACUCGCAUGACAUCUGCUUAUAAGCGGAUCUUAUUUGUUUUCAAAAGGUGCAAGACUCUCUCAGUGCCAAAGUAUUAAGUUUUGGGCUCUUGGCCGCUAUCAGAUACGCAGAUAGAUCAAAAUGUACGUCAUGUUCAGUUUUCCACUUGGCCUUUUUUUUUUUUUAUCAGAUCAGCUGUUUUUUCCAGGGGCUGUAUCUCUGUAAAUCUGAGAGCAGCGUUUUCGUUUUUAUCUGAUUAAGCUGCAAGUGAUUCACACCAGGAGGCGUUCUUACAAUUUUAGAAAGUGCUUAAUGGCAAACAUCUCCUGUAACGUGACAUACCUUUGUUAAGCUGAACUAAAAAUGUAAAGUAGGCCUGCAGCUCGAAAAUGUAAAAUCAAACAAUGCUGACUAAAAGCCUUGUUUGGCAUAGUGAUUGAGAGGGCACUGGGCUUCACAGGGAAAGUGGAAUGCAAAGGCCAAAGAAAGUGCAUCCCAAGUGCAUCUGAGGCUUGUGUUGGACAGCGAGCUGCCAAGGAGAGCAGCCCCAGGGAAGCUUAGGCCAGUGGAACUCGCUACAUGUGACUAAUGAGUUUGUUAAAACCCUUUAAAACAGCAGCGAGAGGAGCCAAAUGUGCCAUGUUUCCAUACUAAUUAACAAAGAGAAACAAAUGACAUCAAGGAUGUUUGUUUGAGGUUCCCAAUGUGUAUGCUUUAUAUAAAUAAAUACUUAAUUGCAUCAGAAUGCAGCAGAAAGAAUGUAUUUGUUGUAUGUCAUCAGUCUUUGAUUUAACAGUAUAUGGAUGCAAUGCCUCAUCUGUAUACAUUUUUGCAUGUGUGCAGAGGUGUGACAAUCACACCAUAUUGUGUGAAACCUGAACUCUCUUCACUCCAUGAGUAGUUUUUCAGGAGAAAUCGGAGAGAGAGCAGUGUGGUGGAAGAUGUCUGCGUAGAAGGGAUGCGUCAUUGGAUUAGUGCCUGAGAAUCAGUCCCAGCCUCUUCAUCCUGAGCUGCUGAGACUCCUCCAGAAGGACACGACACUCUCUGCUCGUUUGCCCCGUUUUCCCUCACCAAGCCUUCCACAUGAGCCAGCCAAGCUGUGCCUCCCCACCAGGAUGAAGAAAGAAAAGAAAACGCAUGCUUUACUAUUUCUCCUCCUGCUUCACUUCACCUUGGCAAGGCAAUCCGACUAUGCUCCGUAUUUUUAUGAUAAUGGACCCAGCCGUACAAAUGGGAAUAUGGCCUUGUUCAGCAUCUCUGAGGAUACACCAGUUGGGACACAGAUAUACAUUCUGAAUGGUACCGAUCCAGAGGGAGAUCCGGUACGAUAUGGUCUGACUUUUGAAAUGGGCUCCAAAGAAUAUUUUAGGGUGGACUCCAAAUCAGGAAACGUGACUUUGAUUCAGGAGCUCGACAGAGAGAAACAACAUGAAAUCUCAGCACUCGUGAGCAUAACAGAUGGUCGCAAUAAAGUUGUUGAGACGGUUAGAGUGUUUGUCACUGAUGUCAAUGAUGAACCUCCUGAAUUUCAAAACCUGCCUUUCAUCAUUGACAUCCCAGAGGAUACUGCUCCAGGAAGUAGCAUCUAUAAGGUCCAGGCAGUGGAUAGAGAUAUGGGAUCAGGAGGCAGCAUUGCAUAUUAUGUACAGACUUCACCGUUUGCCAAGUUUACCAUCGAUGGGAACAGCGGAAUCCUAAGAGUCAAACCUGGUGAGACUUUGGACUACGAGACCACGCCCACACACUUUGUGACGGUGGUUGCAAAGGACGGAGGUGGAAAGUACAAGGGGAAGCACCAGGUUUUGACCUCCACAGCCACCAUGACUAUCAAUGUACUUGACGCCCAAGACAUGCCUCCGUCCUUCAUAGGAACCCCUUACUUUGGCUAUGUCUACGAAGUCUCAGUUCCUGGUUCUGAAAUAUUCACUGUGUAUGCUAAAGACGGAGAUCAAGGCAAUCCUAACCCAAUACAUUAUUCCAUUAUGAAUGGCAGCGAUGGUGUCUUUGACAUAAAUAGCACGAGUGGAUGCAUCACCCUGACAACUUCUCCAACUUUGCUGAAAAAUGAAUUAUAUGAAAUUAUAGUCAAGGCGUUUGAGGUAGGACCAAACAGUCAGCUGCAGGACUACGACGUUACCACGGUGACAGUCCGGGUGGUGGAUCUCAACAACCAUCCUCCGACCUUUUACGGAGAGAACGGACCACAGAGCAAGUUUGAGGUCACCAUGUACGAGCAUCCUCCUCCAGGGGAGAUCCUGCGAGGCUUUAAGAUCACCGUCAAUGACUCCGAUCAGGGAGCAAACGCUAAAUUUAAACUGAGACUAGUGGGGCCAAGUCGAGUGCUGCGAGUGGUUCCCCAGACAGUCCUCAAUGAAGCGCAGGUGACCAUUAUUGUGGAAGACACAUCUGGCAUCGACUAUGAAAAGGGACCAACCCUUUAUUUUAAGCUGCUGGCGGUGGAGAUCGACACUCCAGAGAGGUUCAGUGCAACAGCUGACAUAGUGAUCAACUUGCUGGACACCAACGACAACAUCCCAAAAUUCACAUCCGAGUAUUAUAUCGCCAGGAUCCCUGAGAACUCUUUGGGAGGCUCCAGCGUUGUGUCUGUAACAGCAAAUGAUCCAGAUUCAGGGCCCUGGGGUGAAGUCAAAUACACGAUUUAUGGAUCAGGAUCAGAUUUGUUUGCCAUCCAACUGUCAUCAGGCCUCAUCUCCACGCAGCCCUGGACCAGCCUGGACGCAGAGGUCAGGUCUAAAUACAACUUCUACGUCAAGGCUGAAGAUUCGGAGGGAAAGUACAGCUUGUCUGAAGUCUUUGUCACCGUACUGGACAUGAACGACCACUCUCCAGCAUUUGAUGAAAAACUCCUGGAAAAGACUAUGAUAAUUGGUAUACCUGUCAGAGUAGAGGCGGUGGAUGAAGAUGCAGAGUCUCCAAACAACGUCAUUGAGUACUCCAUAAUGACGGCUGAUCCUGACAACGCGUUUGAUAUCAACGCAGAUACUGGAGAUAUCAAGCUGAAGCCAUACAUCAAGUCCAUGGAGAUUGUGCAGAACAUCACCAAGCAGAAGCACUGCAAGUGGUCUCUGGUGGUCCAAGCCAGGGACAGAGGCUCUCCAUCCUUCAGCACAACAGCCGUUGUCAACAUCGAUAUCACAGAGGCGACUCCUCUCAAGGGGCCUAUGGCGGCCUUUUUAUUGAAAAGUAGGGACAGUCCAAUGAAAGCUCUAGGGAUGGUCACUGUUAUCAUUAGCUUAUUGGUAGGGGUGACUGUCUUGAUCUCUACGGCUAUGUACAUGCGUAACUCAAAGUCGAACAGGAUCAUGCCAGCACGUCGCAUCAUUAAGAGGCGACCAAGGGACCAGCAGCCCUGGAACGUCAAGAUGCCUGUUGUCAGAUUCAUCAACCCUGCAGAUAAGUUCCGUGUUCUCAACCAAGAGGGCAGCCACCAGCGGGGCACCAGCAGCCCGCGGACGAAGCCUCCUCUCCCCAGCGCUCCUCCGCCCCCAUCUAACACACGAUAUAAUGAGAGGCCCCGGGCAGUCCCAACAAUAUCUGGUGUGCUGGCCUCCAAAGGAUCAAAGAAAGCUAAAUCUAAUCGCCGCAAAGAGGGAAAUGUCAGCUCUGCUUUGGUGUCUGAGCUUAAAAUGAAGCUUGAGCAGAAAAUCAUUGAGAGCAACCAAGGCUAUUAUUAACUCUGUCAUAUAAAUGUCUUGUUUAAGGUUCUUUGACGAGUCUACUGCUCUUAGCUUAUCUACCGUCCGAGAGUUCUCACCUUCAUGUGAUGAUCUGGUAGUGUGGGCCUACCUGUAGAUUAUUCACUAGUAAAUGGUAACAGAGCUGUUACUGGAAGGUUAACAGAUAUUUAUAUCUUAAAAUGAGAUAUUAAACAAGUGGGCAUCCUCAGUUGACCUGGCUUAGGUGAAGAGAGGAGACCGGUCGAGUCGUUCUCUGGUGCAGGGGGAGAUAAUUCACCACACUGCCAUCUUGAGGAAUAUUAUGUCAUUUUAGGAAGUAUCACUGUAAAUUGCCCAAGGAGAGGAUUACUAAGAUUUGCUGUGUAUACAUAAGUUGCAGAACUUCCUGAAAAGUGUAUUUAAUGGUUUAAACACAUCUAGAAUUUCAUCCAAUAAAUCAUAUUAAAAAAACAUUUCUUCUUGCUCACUGGAGCAUGCAGCUGAAUAACACGGUCAUGAAGAACGACACUGCUUCUUAUACAGUGCUGAAGGACCUGUGUGUUAUUUUUUGUACUGUUACAUCAGCAGCUUAAAAGCUACGAGGUUGCUCUUUUGUAUGAUUACAAUGUGCCACUGUAGGGUUUCACAGUUAGACAAGCUAAUAGAGGUGCUUCAUUUGAGUGUGUAUUUCUAGAAACAAAUGUUUUUAUAUACAUAACAUGGGUCCAUUUUAAAUGUAUAUAUAUGCAUAUAUUACAAGAUAUGACCAUUUCCCAGUUGUAUCUUGCAGCAGUAAAUAAUAUACGGUACAAAAUAAACUAACUCCAGUUAAUAUUUCAAGCACAGAUCACUAUGUACUGUAUAUAACCAGGACAUUUCCUUUACAAAUAUAGUUAUUGAAAUAUAGAGUCUGUGUUGAAUAUUUAGGUUCAACUCUCAGUUACUUUCCAUGUCACUCUUCAAUGCUUUCAAAUGUAGACAAACAGAAUUAUUUUAAUUGCUGUUAUCCAUAUCUUGUGUCUGACUAUAUCUUAACUUAUAACUAUCUAAAUCUCCACUAUAAAUUACAAUUGCCUGGUCCUUGGAAGUAACAUAUUUGUACCGUCUUUGUACUGUCUUGAUUUUGAAUAAAUAUUUGAAAAUGA